AUGUCUUCUAUCACAUUCAUCGCAUGGUACCGCCUCCGCCACAUCCCAGGACCGAUCCUUGCCUCCUUCUCCUACCUCCAUCUCUUUUACAUCGCCCGCAGCGCCUGCAAGGAAGAAUUCUACCGCACCCUAAACACCCGCUACGCCAGCCGCCUCAUCCGUGUGGGCCCCAACGAGCUCCUCACCGACGACCCGGAUGUCCUGCGCCGCAUCAACGCCGCGCGCGGCGACUACGGAAAGGACCCUUGGUACUUUUCCAGCCGCUUCAACCCGUACCAGGAAACCAUGUUCACCACGCUCGACAAGGGGCUCCACGAUAGGAUGAAGUCCAAGACCGCCGCCGCGUACGCGGGCCGCGAGGUGGAUUUGCUGGAGCCCAGUGUCGAUGAGCAGAUUAUUAAACUGGUGAAGCUCUUGAGGGAACGGUAUGAGGAUGCGGCAAGGUUGGUGGACAUGGGGCUGUUGCCGGCGUAUCUGAUCAUGGACGUUAUUACGACGGCGGCGUUUGGAAAGCCGUUUGGGCAUCUCGAGGCUGACGCCGAUGUAUUUGGGUUCAUUGAGCAGAUGAUGGACAAUUGGCCGGUCAUCGCCGUCACGUUGGACACCCCUAUUGCCGAGAAAUACGUCGGAGAGAGAUUCAAGUCCACCUCGAAGCCUCAAAAGGACAUGCUGGGUUCGUGGAUCAAGAACGGCAUGACGCAGGAAAAAUGCGAGGCGGAAGGCCUCUUUGCUCUUAUCGCUGGCUCUGACACCACUGCCUCUGUGAUUCGCAUCACCAUGCUGCAUCUCAUGUGCAACCCCAGAGUCUACUACAAAUUCAAAGGUGUUAUUGGCGACGCUAUCGACUCUGGAGUCUCGACCCCAAUCACCUUUGACCAAGGAAGCAAGAUUCCAUUCUUACGGAUCUAUGAGGGGAUCCGCAUCUGCGCACCAGCGACGGGACUAUACCCCAAAUCGGCUGCUCCACAAGGCGAUAUCAUUGACGGCAAGUUCAUACCCGGCGGCACCGCGAUCGGCAUGAACGUGCCUGGGUUGCUCAAAUCGCGCGCGUUAUUCGGCCAAGACGCAGACCUCUUCCGGCCCGAGCGCUUCUUGGAAGUCGACGACGCGGCCCGGGCCAACAUGGAGCGCGAGGUCGAGAUGGCGUUCGGCUACGGGCGGUACAUGUGUGCCGGCAAACCGGUUGCGUUCAUGGAGUUGUACAAGGCUUUAUUUGAGCUGAUGCGCAACUUUGACUUUGAGCUUGCGGAUCCGGUCAGACCGUGGGACUCUUACAGCUAUAACAUCUUUGUCGAGGAGAACACGUGGACCAAGGUGACGACUCCGGAUAUCAGCCAAGAGCCCAAGACUCCUUGA